AUGAGUGAUAAUCUCCGCCAAAGAAUGCAAAACAUUAAUCUAGGAAUCAGUGACGAACCGGUGGUUUUGCCUCCGGUGAUCCAAAAUCAUGCGGUGGCUUCAAAUCAAUUCUCCCUUGUGGUGGUCCCUCUCAACCCAAAGAAGCAGAAUUUGCGUGCGAUGAUCUCUCAAAUGCCACGGCUCUGGGGCAUGGAAACAGCGACAACAGGUCGAAUCAUUGGGCAUAACAAACUCCAAUUCCUGUUUCACUCUGAGGAAUCAAUGAACAUGGUUCUCAGGCGAUCUCCUUGGUCUUUCGCCGAUUGGAUGGUUACUGUGCAUCGUUGGUCCCCAAACAUUCCUGAAGAUGCUUCCAAGGUUAUUCCUUUUUGGAUGCAAAUCAGAGGAAUUCCCUUGCAGUUCCUAUCUAAUCCGACUAUCACCUUCAUCGGUGGUCUCUAUGGUGAGGUGGUAAGCGUUGAUUUCGACGAGAACUCCACUCGUGUUGACUUUGUUCGUGUGAAAUUUCUGUGGCACAUCGACAAUCCUCUACGAUUCCAGAGGAAAUUUCAGUUCGAGACUGGUGUCAACACCAUUCUCAAAUUCAAAAACGAACAUGGAGAAGACGACAACCAUGGGGACGAUGAUCCGGUUCAGGAUAAUGUGGAUACAUAUGUCUCGGUUACAAGACCAUCUGGUACAAAUGUUGGUAUCUCUGCUCAUUUACCUGUCAAUGCUGUUCCGUCUGUUGUUAUUGCAGAUCAAACCCCAAAUGUGAAUGAAGAAAGGCAUGAGAUCCGUGUUGAGGAAAUACGGCUCCGAGAAAUCAUAUACAAGAGAGGAAAGUUCCGUGAAGAUGAACUCCUGGCAAAUCAAGAAGAUGAUAAUCGUGAAAACUCAGGAUUCAACAAACGGAAGAGACUUGAGAUUGAGUAG